UCGAGAGGUGACUAGUUCGAGUCUUCUUGCUACGGUCAUGUUAACGAGGUUCAAGAGCGUCAAAAUUCGCAGCUUGGGUAGUGACCGCAAAUACGGGGUGGCGGGGAGAAGCCUGAAAGAGGUGCUGUCCAAAGCCUGCGUCCUUCUUCAGCUUCCUGUUUCCAGCUGCCGGCUGUGUUUAUAUGAGGAUGGCACAGAGGUGACUGAAAGUUAUUUCUGUCAUGUUCCAGAUAACACCGAGCUUAUCUUGUUAGCUCAAGGCGAGAUCUGGCAAGGCUAUGUGAGUGAAAUCCAGCGCUUUCUCAAGGCAUCUUCCAGCCAGACGGAUGAUAUCAUUCAUGCGGCGCAAGGACUACUUUCGGAGGAGGGAGCCCCCAAGUGGCGGAAGCUGCUAGCGGACCUCAUUCAGAACCUCAGUGAAAAUAUUUCUGCUGAAAGUAGAGAAGAGGAUGAGAAAUGGUUCGAAGGGGUUGAAUCUCGCUUUAAGACAAAAUCUAGUUACAUGCGCUACAGCUGCGAGAGCAGAAUCCGAGGUUACUUGAAAGAGGUUGCCAGUUUUGCCUCUACUAUCCAUCCGGCCGCCCAAGCCAAGUAUAAAACGCUUGUGGAAGCCAUGGUGGAGAAACUGAAGUCGGAGAAAUACAAUGGCUGUUACUUCGACAGAAGGGAAAAAGAGAAGGUGUGUCUUUGCACAACAGAAGGCUGGUUCUCAUGUCAAGGCCCUUUUGACCACGAAAGCUGUCCUUGCAGACACUCGAUCAAUCCCUACGGAAACCGGGAAAGCAGAAUUCUCUUCAGCACGUGGAAUCUCGAUCAUGUAAUCGAAAAGAAACGAACUAUCCUCCCGACAUUAGCCGAAGCCAUCGAGGCCCAAGAUGGAAAGGACGUCAACUGGGAAUACUUCUACCAGCUGUUGUUCACUGUCAAUAACUUGAAGCUUGUGCAUAUUGCAUGCCACAAGAAAACCAACCAUAACCUUAGCUGUGACAAAACAAAGAUCUACCAAAAACGAAGACGCGUCCGCAAGAUUCCAGAGAAACGCAUUCUGAAAGUAGUUUGACAUGAGCCUGCUUGCCAAGACUGUGGACAGAUGUAUCAUUUUCAGAACUGUGGGGUCAGGGGGGGUGUCACUUUUUUUUGUCCCAUUGUUUUUUCAUCUUGCUAGUUUCCUCGACAUUCCAUCUGCCUUGCCCGAGCUAGAGAGCUCAAACCUAUGUUUAUGACUCUUGCGAGUGCCUGUUGGCUAGUGCCUGCGACAUUUCUCACACAUUUAACAUAUUAACAUCUAAUGCUCCAGUUUUCCAAUGGAUUACGUUUUUAAGGUGAAGGAAAACUGCUUAUUAUCUUCAUAAAUCCUUUAGUGACUUGGUGAGGGGAGGAAUCAUCUUAGCACUAGGUAGACCAGAAGCAGACUGUUUUGUAUACGCUCGUGGACCUGGGAGGAGAGAGUAUUCUUUACAGCUGGCCCAAUGAAAGACCCUUCUCCCUGUUGUAUGAGGGGAACGUUGCCACUGGCAACCAGGUUUGUAGAUCUUUGUGUACACCUAAAAUAGCAUGAAUGAGACAAACGUGCUUGGAAGCAUGUUUAUCUUGGAUAAAUUCAGGGGUCAUUUCGUAGAAAAAGCUGGUGGAACUCAUCAACAUAACUCAUUAGCAUAUGCCACACCCCUUGCCAUUGCCGGAAGUGUGUCAUUAGCAUAACUGAUUUGCAUAUGCCACACCCCCUGACAUCACCUAUCCUGGCUGUUUUGGACCCAAUCCUGGCUAUUCAGGGCUGAAAUUGGGCCCAAAAUGGCAAAAAGGGGCUGAAAAUGGCUGAAAAGGGGCCCAAAAUGGUCAGGAUCAGGCCGCUGCUGAGUGGGAGAGUGAUCCACCACCGGUCAGGCCUGAUCCAGGCUGUUUCAGCCCCAAUCCAGGCUGAAACAGGUCCAAAAUGGCCGAGAGUUAUGUGGGUGGGGCCACCUGACAUGUGACCUCUUUGGGAAACUGCCGGAACUCUGUUCCAGUGCGUUCCCCCUCGAAAUGAGCCCUGGAUAAAUUCAUCACAACAGUUUCCCCAUUUAAGUCAAGAGGCAGGGGUCUGAGCUCAGUGAUAUAGGACAGUUUUCUUAGUUCACUUGGGAGCCAGUGCGGUUAGAGUGGUAGGCAGGGAUCUGGGAGAACCAGGUUCAAUUCCCCACUCUGCUAUGGAAGCUUGCUGGGUGACCUUGGGCUAGUCACACAUACUCAGCCUAACCCGACAGGGUUGUUAGGAUAAAAUGGAGGAGAGAAAGGUGGCGUAUAAAUGAAGUGAGUAAACCUAAAUACAGUCCCAACUCUUGAGUAUCUCCGGUUAAAAGAUCUCAGCAAACAGGCUUGGGGAAGAUGGAAGCUCUGGGCACUGGAGAGCGCCUAUUGGCUAGUGUCUGUGACAUUUCUCACACGUCAGAGCAGAUAGCAUUCUGCCAGAUGGAUCGGUGCUCUGACUCAGUCUAAGGCAAUUUUAUAAUGUUCAGAAACCCAAAUUUUCCUCCCAGAUUAUACAAGAACGGGCUGUAAAUCCAGCAGCAGAGGAGGCUAGUGAUGUAUUCUUUAGAGAUUUCAGUUUGGUUUGGCAGAUGCUGGAAUUCUUCACACCAGCCCAGAAUUGUUACAGCUCUGCUGAAUUCCUAUGGAUUCUCUAGUUUCAUUCAGCAUUACAAUGCUAAGCAUGUCUACCCAAAGGCAAGGCCCACAGAGGCCAACAGGACAGAUCCCUUCCUGUUAGUAUUAUGCCCAGUAUUAGUCUUAGAGGCAGUUCUGUGUGUGUGCGCGUGAUGGAAUGUACUGCUAUAGUUGAAGAAUUUCAGUGCGGUAGAUGUUCGGCUCGGAGUCCUUAAAUUAUCAAGUUUAACAAAAUGUGAUUUGACAUACGGCAUUACAGCUUUUCACUUUCAGUACAAAUGCCAUCUACUGUUCAUCCUACUGCUGGGUAUCAUUUAUUCAGCAGUAAAGACCAGUGAGUUCCAAGCAUUUUAAUGCCUCCCCCCAAUUCUAGCUCCUGCUGCCGGCUUGCUGUAUGUAUUGAAGAACGGCUUGGAUUUUUUUGAAGCUAUUCAUCCAUCUAGCCACAUAACAGGGUAAAGAACCCCUUUUUAAAAAGAUGAAUUGCACAGCUUGGAGACGAGCUGAUUCCUCAGGGAUUAAAACCCAUUUUGCAUUUCUUAAAAAGCCUCCUGAAGUCACUGUGGGGGCGUCUGUAUCCGUUGUUACGGUGUAAAAGGCAGAAAUGGGAGGGGGGAAUAGCGCAGAAGUUAAAAUCUGUGCUUCAAUCAGAAUUCUUCUGGUGGCAAAGAAUUCUUUAGUGCCCUGAGAUAUGAAACGGGUGGAUCAGAAUUCAUAAUAUUUAGGGUAGCUG